AUGAUUCUGGAAACUCUGAGGAUGCCGCUGGGUCCAGCAUUGAGGCGAAAUCUACCAAAGAAUCCUCCUCAAGUCCAGAAAAGAACAGGUCAAUUUCAGAGAUUAAGAUUACUUAAUCAGAAAGUCCAGAAACUAAGGAUGUAUUCGGAAUCUCAGGCGACACAGAACGGAGAGGCAUCAGAAGACGUUGAGAAAACGAAUGUUACAAGUUCAAUUCCACAAGAAAAUGGGGAUGUCGGUAAUAAAGGAAGCUCACAAUUGAUGAGGGCAUUGAUUGACCAAGGCUCGCAGUCAUCAUUCAUUACGGAGCAGGCCGAUACAAGUCUUGGAAUAAAAAGAAAAGCUGUCCACGCUCAGAUAUCUGGAAUUGGCAAUAAAGACCAAAGGACGUCGAAAUGGAGCGUAACAUUAAACUUAGAGGCGCAUUUCAAAAAUGAAUUUGAAAUGAGGACUGAAGCAAUUGUACUAAGAAAAAUAACAAAAAAUCUACCGGAGAAAGAGAUAAAAAUGACAGAAAGGAACCAUAGGAACUUAGUCCUGGCGGAUCCAAAUUUUAAUGAAACAGGUUCAAUAGAUAUUCUAUUUGGAGCCAAUGAAUAUAAUUUGAUAUUAAAGGACGGAGUAGAUCGAACAAAGAAUGCUUUGCUGGCCCAAAAUACAAAAUUGGGUUGGAUAAUGUCAGGGAUAGCACAGGAAGAGAAUAUCCCUAAUAUACAAGUACUCAGUAUGCUAUGA